AUGGACUGUGGUUUUCCUGGGCACAUGUGUGGUAGAGCCCCAGAUCAGACCAACAAGCAAAGACUUAAGAAGAAGGAAUCCUUGGUUGUCUCCCAACAUGAAUAUCUGGUUUUAAUUCAGUGUAUUCUCAGAACUAUACACAACAAUACUGUGAAGUGUGUAUUACAAUCAGUGCCCAGAGGAUGCAGCGCAUCUGAGGCAAAUGGGAGGUUAACAAAUUCCCCACAUAACGAGUCACCAGUGAAGUUGGCUUUGCCUUUCCAUUACACAAAUUCCGGAAACACACCCGUGGAGCCAGAGGUGGCAAUUCACCGAAUUCGAAUCACUGUAACAAGCCGCAAAGUAAAAUCCCUGGAGAAGGUGUGUGCUGACUUGAUCAGAGGAGCAAAGGAAAAGAAUCUCAAAGUGAAAGGACCAGUUCGAAUGCCUACCAAGAUUUUGAGAAUCACUACAAGAAAAACUCCUUGUGAAUGUUCUAAGACAUGGGAUUGUUUCGGGAUGAGAAUCCACAAGCGACUCAUUGACUGGCACAGUCCUUCUGAGAUUGUUAAGCAGGUUACUUCCAUCAGUAUUGAGCCAGGAGUUGAGGUGGAAGGCACCAUUGCAGAUGCUUAA